AUGGAGAAACAUCUUUUGAUUGCUUCUGCAGGUGCUAUAACUGCAUCGGCGUUGACGGUUAUAGCAUAUCGUUACCUUUCUAAAAGACAUGAAGCCAGUGAAAAUGUGUACGAGACAGAAAAGUUGAUCGGAGAGUACCUUAUAUUUCAUUAUGGCACAGAAGAUGAGCUGCUACCCUAUGGAUUUGGACCGAAGGAUUCGCUUGAGUUUCCCUCGCGAUGUGCGUUGGAAUGUAUAAAACAUACUGAGGUGAGUCUUUGAUCUUAUAUAAUAACAAUGAUACGUUCUUAGUGUUAAACUGUCAUGUAAUCAAACCUUACGUAAUAAGCUUAUAAAAACGUGCUUGCAAAACGAGAGAAUUAUUCUAUUCUCAGGAUUUCUUUUCUAUAAAUAUUGGAGCUACUAAGAGGCUACAGAGCGACAGAGAAGAAAAACUCUUAUGCCAGAAUUUUGCAAUUCAUGAUAUUCUUACGGUCUCAUAAAUACUACAUGUAAGGGAAUUCAACAUCUAGACAGUCUUGGAUUCUGGAUUACACACCAUGGAUUCCGGAUUCCAGGUACUGAAUUCCAGAUACCACUCGUAAGAGGGAUUCCGGAUUCCUUGAACUGAAUUCCAGAUUCCAAAUCCUAGGAUUCUUGAUUCCACUAAUAAAAAAUUUCCCCGAUAAUUUCCUGAUUCUCCAAGCAAAAAGUCAUGGAUUCCAAAAUCCGGAUUCCCUUACAUGCGUUGAAUGCUAUGCUUGUGGCAAUAGACUUUUUUGCCUUUUAAACUUUCUGCAGGAUGAUGUACCAAGCAUAGCUCUGGAUAUUGGCUGCGCUGUUGGCCGGUCAACGUUUGAACUUGCCAAGAAAUUUAAUCAAGUUAUAGGUAUUGAUUUUUCCCAUGGAUUCAUAAAUGCUGCUAAUAAGCUUAAAACUUAUGGAAAGUUACCCUACACUGCGCAAACUGAAGGAAGUCUUGUCUCCCAACAUGUAGCAGCGGUUGACCCGGAUAUUGUAAGUAGAAAUGUAUAUAAGGCAUCAAAUUAUAAAAAUAAAAAAAAUAGUAAUAAUAAUAAAUGUAAAGAAGAUCAUUGCGGUUAAGUGAUAUCGUCAACAGUGGAUGUGAUGAUCUUCUUUACAGUCAAUCAUUUCUUCAAUCCACGGUUCCGGCAUCAUGAAAUUUAUAGAUUCUUCACCUUAACUUGAAAGAUAAUAAUAGUGAAUAGUUAUUAUUAAAAAGUUAUAUGGCUUUUAGAAAAUAAAGAGUUAAUGAUAUAAAAUAUAAUUUAAAAUGGCACCUUCACUGAAGACUGGUGAAAUCAAUCUGCAACUGUGCUUUUCUUCCUUACUCAAAUCCACUCAGAGAUGUUUGAGACUAGUGUAAGUAUCUAUCAGAUUUUAGGUCAUGUGUGUGCAAAAUAGAACAUCUUGCUAUUUUUUGACCUUGAAAAUUAUCUCCUAUAAUAUGCUUUACAAGAACAGUCCCAGAGAAUUCACACAAAACGUUUUUGGCUGUUCCUUUUUAUAAAUAAACUGAAAUAAUGUAUUAUUAUUUUUGUCUGUUACAUGUACACAUACAAUAUGAUAUAGCCACAUCAAGGGGCUAUAAAAUCACGUGGAUAAUUGCAGUUGGCUUUGAAAAAGAGCUUUUUUUUUCUUUCUCUAAGGGAGGCUGUGCCACUGUGAAGGGUGUGGUUUUCUAGCAGUGUAGGCUGGGAGUGGGUAAGGAAAUCAAUUGAAAGUGUUUUGCUUAGGAGACAGGUUCCCAGUGGCACAUACACAACCUUAAAAUUUACGGAAUUGCUGCGCACCUUCCCCCUUUCCUGGCCAUAAGUUAGAGGGGUAUUCCUUAGAGCUUGAACAUUGGAGAUGGCUAUCAGACAACUCUAGGGGCAUAUUUCUCUAUACAGUCAAACUCCGUUAAUACAGACACUGAGUGGGCCAUAGAAAAUGUCCAUAUUAACUGGAUUAAAUUUGGAGAAAAUGAAGGGGCUUUCUUCCCCCAGGAACAAAGAAAACUGUUAAUAAUAUUGAAAUAUCUGUAUUUAUUGGGUGUUCAUAAAGCGGGGUUUGAAUGUAUUUUCUUGGAGGAGAUAUAAAGGUGAUCUACUCAUUAACUGAGGUUUGGUACAUGUGGUUUUUUCUGCUGCAUUUUUACCAAUCAACAGCUUGCAUGACUAAUAAUUAUUUUGAUCAUUGCUAUGGGGCAGUGUUUCUUUAAUCGCAUACAGUGACUCCUUAAAUACCAACUUCACACUUUUUAACCCUUUUUAUCAAAUUUGUUGACCAUUUUAGGACAGAAGUCGUGUUUCCUUCUAUCAAGGAGAUGCUUGUAACUUGCCAACUGACUUAGGACAAUUUGGCUGUGUUCUUGCUGCAAACUUAGUCUGCCGUCUUCCUAAUCCAUAUCAGUUUCUUGAGAGGUUGCCAUCUCUUGUAGCUCCUGGUGGUACUUUGGUCAUUACAUCACCCAAUUCUUGGAUGGAAGAGUUUACUCCAAAAGUAAGUUGAAAAAAACCUGAACAAAAAACUUCAUUUCGAUUGAAAAAAUGAAAGCAAUUUUUACCAAUUCUGUGGUCAUUACAUAACUGGGUUUCAAUUAAGUUAAUAUUCUUUUCUUUAUUUUACAGUCAGACUGGGAAAACCGUGAACACCAGAAAUAUUUCUGGAAUGUUAUUAUGGUGCAAUAAAAAAGCCAAUCAGGCCUGAGAAAACUAAACCGCAAGCAAGAAUGUUAAUUAGUUUGUGGUUCUGUGGCUUGCUCGCAUGUCUUGAUCUUUGUUGUGAUUGGUCGUAACACAAUAAACAUUCCUGAAAUGUUUCAAGUGUUCACGGUUUUCCCGGUCACACUGUAAAAGUGAGGCUACAUGUAUGUAACUGAAAUGGGAUUACAAACUUUUAUAUGAAAAUGAAAUUGGAUUACAUAGAUAGAUGUAGGAUAAUGAUUGGCUCUAUAAAAUAUCAAUACCUCUUCUACAGACCCAAAUUUUUUCCAUGCCACCCCUCCUCUCUGCUUCCAUUUUUUAAAACAGCCUCAUAGAAAAAAAACCCAUCCUCUGUCCAAAUUCCUAACUUUGCACCCCCUGAAAAUAUUUUCAUAAAGACCACUAAAAUGCAAAUGGUAAAGCUGAUAAAAUUUUCCAAUCUUUUAUAAUUUUAUAAAUUUAAGCAUUUUUUUGUUAACUUUGUGCAGAAUCUUUGGCUUGGGGGCUUCAAAGAUGCUGAAGGGAAAAAUGUGACUGGACUAGAUACCCUUAAAAGGUGCCUUGGACCAGACUUUGAGCUGAUAGAAGAUAAACCCAUGUCAUUUUUCAUAAGAGAAACAGCACGUAAAAACCAGUGGACUGUAGCCCAUGCGUCCAUAUGGAAGAGAAGAAAACCUUGA